AUGCCGGGCGACCCCCUCCUGUGGAAAGAGAUCGUGUGUGGCCUGUUGCUGGGCAUUGUCGGCGUCGUCUGUCUGUACCGCAUUGCCACCAGCCCGCUACCCCGUCCCCACGCCAUGCCAGUCGAGUUCAAUGACAAGAACGCGGUGCUUCUAGGUUUCCGAGUUGCGAGCUUUGCUUUUUUCCUCGCCGUGUGGAUCAUCCAAAUGGACAAGACCACCUGGUUUGACUUUGUCUAUUACACGUACUGGAACUUCACCCUCCAGACACUCUAUUUCGGAGCUGCCGCUGUUGACCAAGCGCGCCGGUGGGCACAUCGCGGCGACGCCAACCGACCCCUCAACGCGUUAUUCGACGUGAUCUUUUCGACAGUGUUUGUCGUCGCGCUUGUGUUUUGGAUCUUCCUCUUCAACUCGGACAAAUCGACCACGUGGACGACGUACGUCGUGCACCUCGUCAACGUGAUUGUCCUCGUGGUCGAAUUUACCUUUAACGAGCAUCUCGUCCAGCGCACGAGCUUC